AUGUUGGGAUGGGGGGGGUCUCCCCCUGCCCCUGGGCCCUGUGUAGCUGUAACUGCUUUAAAGAAUGGCUCUCGACUCCCUCCUGAUCCUCACAGCGAUGGCUUGAAUGAUUGUAUCUUCUCCUGACUCCUGACGUCAGCUGGAAGACAGGUAAGGAGACUAUAUAAGAGUGUGUUAAGCUUGUGGUUGUACAUGGGGUUACAGCUUUCUCUAGAGCGUGCUGAGCGAAGGAUCCUGUUACUGCCCACAUCCAGGUAAAUAUACCCUUUAUUACUUUAUAACACAGCAUUGGCUACUAAGACGAAGAAUGGUAACACCACUUAGUACCACACAGGAUUAACCCUAUGUGGUCAUAGGACAGCCCGAAAAUAAAACUAUUAACGCGUCUGCUCGUUUUUUCCAGCAGAAAGAAUGUGUUGCCUGAACAUGCCAGCCAUACUACUUGUCCUGUCGCUGACAAUUAGCUGUCGGAACGCGGCACCCAUAGACAGGUGAGCACACAGUAAUUAAAAUACCUGAGCAACGGACAAUGACGGGAAGAACUUGGUGAACUUGGUCUGUUUUGUUUUUUUCUCUCAGAUUAAAAUUAGAUGGCACUUCCAAUGGGACGUCUGAGAAGGGAUGGAGAAUAGACGUACAGGCCAGGUACACGUUCUUCAUGCCAAGCCACCAAAUGCCACAGCAGGAUGCUACGAGAGAGAACAGGUACCGUACUGAUUUUACAUGACUUGUCUGCCAGUUGGAGGAUGCACCCUAGCCCCCACCCGGGGAGCUCACCUUCCUGCCUUUAUUAUGUGUCUGCUGAUAUAGUGAACGGGUUAAAUUAUUAACCCUUCCCGUGCCGGGCAUGGAGAUAUCGCAGACAGGUUAUUAUAUAAUACAAUGUGUCUACUGAUAUACUGAAUGGGUUAACUUAUUAACCCUUUCCGUGCCAGGCAUGGAGAUAUCACAGACAGGUUAUUAUAUAAUACAAUGUGUGCUGACAUACUGAAUGGGUUAAAUUCAACUGGUGAGGGAUGAUAUUAACCCUUCCCAUGCCAGGCAUGGAGAUAUCGCAGACAGGUUAUUAAAUAAUACAAUGUGUCUGCUGAUAUACUGAAUGGGUUAAAUUAUUAACCCUUUCCGUGCCAGGCAUGGAGAUAUCACAGACAGGUUAUUAUAUAAUACAAUGUGUGCUGACAUACUGAAUGGGUUAAAUUCAACUGGUGAGGGAUGAUAUUAACCCUUCCCGUGCCGGGCAUGGAGAUAUCACAGACAGGUUAUUAAAUAAUACAAUGUGUCUGCUGAUAUACUGAAUGGGUUAAUAUUAACCCUUCCCGUGCCGGGCAUGGAGAUAUCACAGACAGGUUAUUAAAUAAUACAAGGUGUCUGCUGAUAUACUGAAUGGGUUAAAUUAUUAACCCCUCCCGUGCCAGGCAUGGAGAUAUCACAGACGGGUUUUAUAUAAUACAAUGCGCCUGCUGAUAUACGGAACGGGUUAAAUUAAACAAGCGAGGGAUGAUAUUAACCCUUCCCGUGCCGGCAUGGAGAUAUCGCAGACAGGUUAUUAUAUAAUACAAUGUGUCUGCUGAUAUACUGAAUGUGUUAAAUUAAACAGGUGAAGUAUGUUGUUAACCCUUCCCGUGCCGGGCAUGGAGAUAUCACAGACGGGUUUUAUAUAAUACAAUGCGCCUGCUGAUAUACGGAACGGGUUAAAUUAAACAAGCGAGGGAUGAUAUUAACCCUUCCCGUGCCGGGCAUGGAGAUAUCACAGACAGGUUAUUAUAUAAUACAAUGUGUGCUGACAUACUGAACGGGUAAGAUUAAUACAAUGUGACAGGCGCUGGUGCGAUAAAAAGCGUGAAAUUAAAAGCUUCUUCUUUAAGGAAAAUGAUGCUAAUUUCUCAUUUACAGAACCGGUAAUAAUCCGUAAAUAGAGAGACUGUCAGCCAGAAAGCUAUGUUAACAGCACACUGCCACGGUAUGGGUCAGUGAUAUACUCUAGGAUUUUCUGCUAGAUUAGAUAGAUCCUCAAGUAACAAGUAACAGCGUUAUUUACUAGACUGAGAAUUUAAAGUGAAUUUUUAAUGAAAGGCUUUCAGCCAAAACGUAUCUAUGUGCUCAAAUUUGUGGGACUUUCAUUAUUUCUUCACCUCAAUUUCCCCCAUUUGCUCUGUGCCGUAGGUUUUCCCUUUAAGAGGAGAUCGAGCUGUCGAUUUUCAGCUUCUGUAAUCAUCUGUUGUACACAUCUUUUAAGUGUACAAGUUAAAAAUUUCAAACAGCUGAAUUGGAGAUACAAUUCCAAAUUUAUUCUUGGGUCAAAUUAACCCUUAUAUGAACAGCUAGGAUAUUGAGCAUAAUGGAUAUUCGCAUCUACAGUAGUCAAGGCGAGAAAGGACAGUGGCGUGGAACAGUACCUUUGCCGCAUCUGGUGUUAAGUAGGGGUGGAUGAGUGCAAUGUUUUUGAGAUGGAAGCGGCAUGAUUUGGCAAUAGACUCGACAUGAGGGGUGAAGGAGAGGUCGGAAUCAAAGAGUACGCCUAGGCAGGAAAGACCCAAAGUUUUGUUUUGAACAAGUUGAGCUUAAGGAAGUGGGCAGCCAUCCAGUUAGAAAUAGCAGAGAGGCAGUAAGAGACAGGAGUCAAGAGGGGCAGAGAGAGAUCAGAGGAGGACUAUAUGUGAAUGUAGCAGAAUGAACCUUGGACUGUUACCCUUAUUCCUGCUAUGGGCUGUCCAUAAUUUGUCCCCCUUGAUUUUCUAUGUUUCGUGCUCAUAGUUCCUGGAUCAUCUUGUUCUUUCCCCUGUCCGUCUAGCCGUUCGGUAAAAUAGCAGCCACCUCACUUAUUAACUGCGUCUUGUUUCGACAACCGAACAAAUUACCGAACGCCAGACCACCCAUAUGUGGAGUGUGCUGUUUGUUAACCCCAGUAACCUCUGUUCACACCUCCACCAACCGCCAUAACCUGAACAUUUCAAGCAGUCAACUGGGUGGCUGCCGUUCGCAUGUGCGAAAAUGUGGCGGCGGCCAUCUUUAGCCCCGAACAGAGUUAACUAUAACCCGGUGGCGUUUCGGCAGUGUUCGUGGGAUCUGAGCACUUUUCGGAUAUAUUGGGCGAUCAGACCCAGGUUAUCCGGGGAUAUAGGACUUAAGGUGGUAUCUUGUGGGGAACUGUAUGUUUUGGGGUGAUUAUUAUUAUACAUGUCCUGGACCUGAGAGUUAAUAUAAUUAUGUUGUGUGUUUUGUCUCAGUCUACUCUCAGGUCCAGUGGGGAAUGCCCCUGGAAUGUGUGUUUGGAAACCCCUUGCAUGGGAAUUUUCAUAAAAGGCCUUGUGUGGGACUGGGAUUUAGUAGAGGGGGUGACUGGGAUUUAGUAGAGGGGGGUGACUGGGAUUUAGUAGAGGGCGGGACUGGGAUUUAGUAGAGGGGGUGCUGUGAUUUAGUAGAGGGGGAUGCUGGGUUUAGUUGUGGGGGACUGGGAUUUAGUAGAGGGGGGUGCUGUGGUUUAGUAGUGGGGGGGACUGGGAUUUAGUAGAGGGGUGCUGUGGUUUAGCUGUGGGGGACAGGGAUUUAGUAGAGGGGGGUGCUGGUUUGGGGGACUGGGAUUUAGCAGAGGGGGUGCUGUGGUUUAGUGGGGGGACUGGGAUUUAGUAGAGGGGCUGGGAUUUGAGGGGGCUGUGGUUUAGUAGAGGGGGGACUGGAUUUAGUAGAGGGGGACUAAGAUUUAGUAGAGGGGGGGAUUUAGUAGAGGGGGUGCUGUAGUUUAGUAGAGGGGGUGCUGUAGUUUAGUAGAGGGGAGACUGGGAUUUAGUAGAGGGGGGUGCUGUAGUUUAGUAGAGGGGGGUGCUGUGGUUUAGUAGAGGGGGGACUGGGAUUUAGUAGAUGGGGUGCUGUAGUUUAGUAGAGGGGGGUGCUGUCGUUUAGUAGAGGGGGAUGCUGGGGUUUUUUUUAUACUGUACUUUUCAAAAUAAACCUACGUUUCUAUGAAAAUGUACGUUUUGUUGGUUUUUUUGCGGCCCUCAUAAACUUAAACCUUGUUUAUUUGGCCCUUGCCAGACUUUGAGUUUGCCAUGCUUGCCUUAGAAUAUUCUACUUCAUCCUGAGCAUUUGUUGGAGAAACCAGCGGAGGAGAGUCCCGACUAGGACUCCGCUACAGUGAAGGAGGGGGGUAUGGAUUUUAUGUGAAGGGGCCGGGGUGCAGGUUUUUUAUGUGUGGGAAGGGGGGUGGGCAGGCGCUGCAAUGUUUUUAUGUAAAGAGGGUGAAUGCAUUUUAUGGAACGGGUUGCAGGGUUUUUAUGUGAAGGGGGUGCAUUAAUUUUAUGAAAGGGGGUAUGGGUUUUUUUGUGAAGGGGAGGUGCAGGGGUUUUGUAUAAGGGGGCAGGACAGGAUUUUUUUAGAAUGAGGAAGGGCAGGGUUUUUUGUGGAAGGGGGCAGAGAAUUUGUGGACGGGGGUGCGGGGGUUUUGUAUAAGGGGGAAGGACAGUGGGUUCGUAUAAUGGGAGGGACGACAAUGGUUUUAUUUCUAAGUUAUUUUUCAUAGUUCUAGUGUUUUCAAGUUGAUAUACAAUUUACAAAUUUGUGCAACAAAUAUUCUUUAAAAUAUAUAUUUUUUAAAUUGUGAGUAUUUUUUACAUUUUAAAGCGGGGGGAGGCGGAGAGGGGUACCAAACACAGGAUCUGCCCUGGGUGCCAAAUUGCUCUAGGUACGCCCCUGGCUGUUUGCACUUUUCAUCUACUGUUUAAUAUUCAAUUACUGGAUGAAUAAAUCUAUUUAAUAUUCAAUUACUGGAUGAAUAAAUCUAUUUUAUAUUCAAACUUUCUGGUGUGCUUUGAGUUAUUACUUUUUCACGUGCAUUGCAUCUGGUGGGGAUACAGAGUUUCCCCGUUAAGCACCCAAUAUCCUUUUUCUACCACACUUUCACCCAUAUAAAAGUUGAGCACUCAUUAUAUAAUUGUAUUUGCAAAUAUUGUCUACUUUUGCCAUGGUGGGGUUAAUGCUCAUUCCUGGGUUACCAUACGGUCUCACAGACAAUAUAACCAGCCUGGCAUAUUUCAAUGUGUAUAACCUGAAAAUUUAACAUAUUUGACUGCAACUUCCCAAAACACCAUAAAGCCUGUACAUAGAGGGUACUGUUGUACUGAUGAGACAUCGCUAAAUCCAAAUAUGUGCAUUUUAUUGCUGUAACAGUAUUAUGACAUUCACAGUUAAAAUGGCACGUAGAACUAAAAAAUAACAUUUCGUAAUUUCUCACACUUUUUAAUAUUUUUUUAAUAUUAAAUUGUUUCAUAUAUGAAUAUUUAAUGUGCAAUGAAAGCCUUGUUUCUCCUGAAUAAAAUGCUAUUUGAUACGUGUGGGUGCACUUAAUAUGAAAGAGGUGAAUUAUGGAUGUACAGACUAACAGACAUCUAGUCAAAUUACAGGUUUUUUUUAUGUGGCGCGUCUGCUGCCUAACUGUGAAUUUCCCUUUCCCUACGUGUGGAUGUGCCCUCCUGGAAUGUAUGAUCCCCCUUUGUAAUUCUCUCCCUUUCGUUAAUAUUGACCUUAAAACAUGCAAAAUACCUUUUAACCACCCUGAUACCCCAUUUAGAAUGUUUAGUUAGAAUGUGAAAACCACAGACCGCAAGCUUCAACCACGUGGGGCACUGUGUGAAACCCACAGACCACAAGGGAAAAAGCUCCCCACCAGGGGGAGCAUUCGUCUCCCGAACCGGCCUGCGCGCACCUUCUUCGAUCCCCGUGUCGGGGAUCGUCCUACCUGUUCCCCAAAGGAGCUAUAAUCACUGUUACUCCCCCUACCUGGCAGCUGCAAGGCUAGGCUCAUAGCUGCCCAGGAGUACGCUCUUUGGCGGAUACCUGAGGGGGGUAUCCACCGGAGAUAGGGACGCGCGCCACCAGGGAAUCUCUGGAGCUGUAAGUCGGUCUCACGGCUGCAGGCUCCCGCUGGCUGAAUUCUCACGGACAGACAAGCUCAUUGAUACACAUUCUCACAGACAGACGAGCUCAUUCAUACACAUUCUAACGGACAGACAAGCUCAUUCAUACACAUUCUCACGGACAGACAAGCUCAUUGAUACACAUUCUCACAGACAGACGAGCUCAUUCAUACACAUUCUCACAGACAGACGAGCUCAUUCAUACACAUUCUCACGGAAAGACAAGCUCAUUGAUACACAUUCAUAUCUAUAAAGUUUUAUUGAAGUAACAAUGUUAAAGGAACACUGUAGGCACUUUAACAACUUAAUCUAAGUUGUUAGAGUCACCUAAAUAUAUUCAUCCUCUUAUUUUUCAAAUCAUUUUUUUUUCUUUAUGAAGGCUUUGAAGAGAGGCUUUAAGCCACACACCCAAAACCAGCCAAUUCUGAGAGCCGGGAAUGUAACUUCCCUGCUCUCAUACCCAAUCAUACUUUGACGUCAGCACGCAAAACUGACGUAAGGUAUAAUUUUGCUGCCUAAUGCUCGCUCACACGAUAUCAGAAAUCCAUCUAUUUAUUUGUCAGCAAGACGAAUGAAUGAAUAGAAAUUUCACACAAACAAACAAAGACCCAAUGUUGGUGUUCGUUUGUUCGUUUAUUACAAGAAUGGAGCUGCUGGCUCGCAGCUCCCUCCUUGUAAUAUGUAAAAAUAGAAGUGGCAGGAGCAGUGCUCCCCGCCACUUCCUAACCCCCCUCACCCUAUGGGGGUCAAUAAGACCCCUAUAUUAGCAUAAGGGAGAUUAAAAUCUCCCGAAAGGCCACCACUCGCCUUGCCGCAAGUAGGGGCAUAUCUACUAAACAGUGACCACUGUGGUGAAUCCCCCAUCUAUUAACUAACCCCCAAUGUUACUGUCAUGUGAUAUCAGUAAUGUUUCAUUGAUGUAACAAUGUUAACGGCAUGUGAUAUCAGUAACGUUUUAUUGAAGUGACAAUAUUAACAGCAUGUGAUAUCAGUAACGGUUUAUUGAUGUAACAAUGUUAAUGUCAUGUGAUAUCAGUAACGUUUGAUUGAAGUGACAAUGUCAUGUGAUAUCAUUAUCACGCUGUUAGGAUAGCAGACAGUGUAACUGUUCAUUUCACGUGAUAUCAUGAGGGCCUAAAGCGUGUGUGACAGUCACUGUGCUUGCGCAACAGGUUGCCCAUCUUGAAGGAGGUGGCCAGCUCUUCUGAGAAAUUUCAGUGACUUACUAGUAACUUAUACAACUAAAAUGUAUCUUAGUUACAGACUGAUUUCUAAACACAUUAUUAUUGCUGUGGAGCUCUGUUAUACACCCAGACACAUUACUGGGAGUAUUAUUGCUGUGGAGCUCUGUUAUACACCCAGACACAUUACUGGGAGUAUUAUUGCUGUGGAGCUCUGUUAUACACUCAGACACAUUACUGGGAGUAUUAUUACUGUGGAAGCUCUGUUAUACACUCAGACACAUUAUUGGGAGUAUAUUGCUGUGGAGCUCUGUUAUACACUCUGACACAUUACUGGGAGUAUUAUUGCUGUGGAGCUCUGUUAUACACUCAGACACAUUACUGGGAGUAUUAUUGCUGUGGAGCUCUGUUAUACACUCAGACACAUUACUGGGAGUAUUAUUGCUGUGGAGCUCUGUUAUACACUCAGACACAUUACUGGGAGUAUUAUUGCUGUGGAGCUCUGUUAUACACUCAGACACAUUACUGGGAGUAUUAUUGCUGUGGAGCUCUGUUAUACACUCAUACACAUUACUGGGAGUAUUAUUGCUGUGGAGCUCUGUUAUACACUCAUACACAUUACUGGGAGUAUUAUUGCUGUGGAGCUCUGUUAUACACUCAUACACAUUACUGGGAGUAUUAUUGCUGUGGAGCUCUGUUAUACACUCAGACACAUUACUGGGAGUAUUAUUGCUGUGGGCUCUGUUAUACACUCAGACACAUUACUGGGAGUAUUAUUGCUGUGGAGCUCUGUUAUAUGUUAUACACAGACUCAUUACUGGGAGUAUUAUUGCUGUGGGGCUCUGUUAUACACUCAGACACAUUACUGGGAGUAUUAUUGCUGUGGAGCUCUGUUAUACACUCAGACACAUUACUGGGAGUAUUGUUGCUGUGGAGCUCUGUUAUACACUCAGACACAUUACUGGGAGUAUUAUUGCUGUGGAGCUCUGUUAUACACUCAGACACAUUACUGGGAGUAUUAUUGCUGUGGGGCUCUGUUAUACACUCAGACAGAUUACUGGGAGUAUUAACGCUGUGGAGCUCUGUAAUAUGUUAUACACAGACACAUUACUGGGAGUAUUAUUGCUGUGGAGCUCUGUUAUACACUAAGACACAUUACUGGGAGUAUUAUUGCUGUGGAGCUCUGUAAUACACUCAGACACAUACUGGGAGUAUUAUUACUGUGGAGCUCUGUUAUACACUCAGACACAUUACUGGGAGUAUUAUUGCUGUGGAGCUCUGUUAUACACUCAGUCACAUUACUGGGAGUAUUAUUGCUGUGGAGCUCUGUUAUACACUCAGACACAUUACUGGGAGUAUUAUUGCUGUGGAGCUCUGUUAUACACUCAGACACAUUACUGGGAGUAUUAUUGCUGUGGAGCUCUGUUAUACACUCAGACACAUUACUGGGAGUAUUAUUGCUGUGGAGCUCUGUUAUACACUCAGACACAUUACUGGGAGUAUUAUUGCUGUGUAGCUCUGUUAUACACUCAGACACAUUACUGGGAGUAUUAUUGCUGUGGAGGUCUGUAUACACUCAGACACAUUACUGGGAGUAUUAUUGCUGUGGAGCUCUGUUAUACACUCAGACACAUUACUGGGAGUAUUAUUGCUGUGGAGCUCUGUGAUACACUCAGACACAUUACUGGGAGUGUUAUUGAUGUGGAGCUCUGUUAUACACAGAGACAUACUGGGAGUAUUAUUACUGUGAAGCUCUGUUAUACACUCAGACACAUUACUGGGAGUAUUAUUGAUGUGGAGCUCUGUGAUACACUCAGACACAUUACUGGGAGUAUUAUUGCUGUGGAGCUCUGUUAUACACUCAGACACAUUACUGGGAGUAUUAUUGCUGUGGAGCUCUGUUAUACACUCAGACAUUACUGGGAGUAUUAUUGCUGUGGAGCUCUGUUAUACACUCAGGCACAUUACUGGGAGUAUUAUUACUGUGGAGCUCUGUGAUACACUUAGACACAUUACUGGGAGUGUUAUUGCUGUGGAGCUCUGUUAUACACAGAGACAUACUGGGAGUAUUAUUACUGUGGAGCUCUGUGAUACACUCAGACACAUUACUGGGAGUAUUAUUGCUGUGGAGCUCUGUUAUACACUCAGACACAUUACUGGGAGUAUUAUUGCAGUGGAGCUCUGUUAUACACUCAGGCACAUUACUGGGAGUAUUAUUACUGUGGAGCUCUGUUAUACACUCAGACACAUUACUGGGAGUAUUAUUGCUGUGGAGCUCUGUGAUACACUCAGACACAUUACUGGGAGUGUUAUUGCUGUGGAGCUCUGUUAUACACAGCAACAAUAUGGGUUCCAGCUUUCCUCGGCCCUAAAUAAGCGAUAUUGUCACCAUGCCAUACAGACAUGUUCUAACUUGUUCUAUUUUCAUGAUUUAUAUUUAUUUAUUUUUCUACAGACACCAAAUGGAAAAAAGGAAAUGUAACACAGCGACUUGCGUCACGCAGCGUCUAGCGGAUUUUCUAGUUCGAUCCCACAGCAAUAUUGGAACAAUAUACAGACCGACCAACGUGGGUUCGUACACGUACGGGAAGAGGAACGUGGUUGGCGUUUUAAGCAGAGAAUCUUUUGACUAUCUGCAACACUAGCUCAUUCUACAGAAAGUCAAAACGCGUCCGUUUCUCCCAGUCCUUCUGAUUUUCCCUCCCCC